AUAAGCUAAUACCUUUUAACCAACAAUCAUGUCAGAUAUAACGUUCAGCUUCCCGAAGAUCCAUUCAUUCCCUCCGUUGUUCACUUUACAGCCCAAUGCCACCAUUCAACUGAACCAACUAAACUCCUGGUGUGAUAUCAUCUUAUCGUAUUGUCAGCAUUAUAAGAUAACCUCGUUAUCAAUCAACGGAUCAAUAUUGUAUUCACAAGAUGAACUGUUGGAUACCAAUACCGUUCCUCCCAUAUUCGAAAACCCUACUAUACACCGAGUUGUCAACGAUGACUUCAAACAGCAUAUUUUCAAGCACUUGAUUCAUAAAUUGAACAAAGCAGAGUACAUCGAUACCAAAAGACCAGAAUUAGGAAUCCUAAUAUACUGGAGAUCGCUAACCGAAUGGUCUAAGAUCAUUUACGAUUUCGUAGAAGGCUCAGGACAAUUGGGUACCAUACUAACCGUUUACGAAUUAACAAAACUGGAAGACAGUGGAAUACCUCUGGAUUUGAAAAAUUUGGAUUACGUUUUACUAGUUAAAAUAUUGAAAAAUGUCCUUAUCAAACAGGGCAAAGCUCAAAUCAUAAUGAAUGACGAUGGGUCGGAUCAAAUUGGUGGGGUCAAAAUUGUUUAGUUAUAUAUCAAAAUAGACUUUUGC